AUGCAAGUGUGGGCGUUGUUUCGAGUCAUCCUCUUGAUCCGGGCGGUGCUUGCAGUCGCCAGCACUGGAUCAAAAGGCCUAAAUCAGCAUAUUCGUGAAUUCGGCGAUUCAGCCAUUGAAGAUAAUCUAAAGCGAGCCAGAUAUUCUCUAAUUUACUUCUAUAGAGAUGCGUGUCAGUACUGUGAUAAGUUCAAUCCGGACUUUGAGAACUUGAGCGUACUAUUCAAUAACGCUAGUGACUCUGGGGAAGGCGAGAACAGUAUUAUUCAGGUUAUCAAGACGAAUGGGAAGGUCAACCCCAGAUUGAACCAGCUUUUCAAGGUUCAACUGUAUCCGACCUUGAAGCUUUUGGACUUCAAGACUAUGGAAAUAUUCACAUACACGAAAAGAAAAAGAGAUAUUCUCUCAUUACUUGAGUUUGUCAAGGAAAAAGUGCCAGACGCAAAGCCCAACUAUAAGAACUUUGUCUCCAAAGUCAAAUACUUGGAUAAUGCUAGCUUUGAUGACCAUGUCAAACAGCUGAAGAAGGAUACGUUGGUGGUUUUCACUAUGCCAUAUAUGGACGACUGGAUCAACUACCAAUAUCCUGCUCAUUUCUAUCAGCAAUUGGCCGAUAGAAUGUCUAGCGAUGAACGUAACAUUCAAUUCUCUCUUGUAGAUGCUGGAUCCCAAGCAGCCAGUGAUGUAAUAGCUGGACUAAAGAUCAGCAACUUCCCAUCUAUAGUCUAUUUCAAGGGAGACGGUAGAGUCAAAGCUUAUGGAGUUUAUGACCAGAACCAAGUAAUGCAUGGGAUAUUGAGUGAAAAAACCUUGGACAGCUUCAUAGACAAUAUAGAUUCUGAAGAACAUGGAAAAUGGUUUGAGAUGAAGAGGAGCAGUAUAGACAGCUCUUGAGAGAGGUAGAGUUGUAAUGCUACAAUGUAUAUAGAUAUCUAUACCUGGUAUAUAGCAGAAGAACUUCAGGGCAUAUUUGACAUUUUCC